UUCAGCUACCUAGUAGGGUUUGCUUAGAGCAAAUGUCCACUGUGCGGGGGAUCCAGAAGGGACGGAGGCUGAGUGGGUCGAAUCGGUUCUUUCUUUUUGGCCUCCCGAUCAUAGCUGGGUCCGUCAUUGGCUACGUUGGCAUCGCUCAGAUCGUUGCUGGGAGAACUGAGGUCGUCCACGAGCGCGACGAGAGGGAUUGGGAGCUUCUAAAAGUGACGCAGGCCCUUUCCAAGGAGGGGAUUCUCAAGAACUUCAAGCAGAGAAAGCCCACCACACUCGAGGAAGAGCUCAAGGCAAUCCAGCAGCACGUAGACAUCAACAAUUUCGAGUACAAGAAAGUUCCACGGCCCGGAGAGAAGGCCGACAAGUGAAUGGAUCACGAGAAACGCAAGAGUCAAGGAACAAAGCCCGCAGAGGUUUAUGCAUUCGUGGGAGCGAUCUCAACCAUAGUCGCAUUUGGAGUGUAUGUUAUCUGGGCGUAUCUCCCCGAACCUUGGCUUCAUUAUCUUGGAAUAACGUACUAUCCCGACAGGUAUUGGGCUGUUGUGGUUCCUGGGCUUUUCAUGCUUGCAAUUCCGUUUACUCUCCUCACUUACGUGAGCCUGAACCAUCUGGCAACACCCCCAGCUUCGUCCUUCAACACGUUGUUUGAUGAUCACACGCGGGAGCCAGUGGUAGUUGCUGGUGGACAGGCAAUUCAGCCCAUCGGGGAUUUGUCGUUAGUUCAAGUGAAUCGGGCAAUGUUUGUGAAACCUCUUUGAUGAGCUCUUGUGAGAACUUGUGAUCAAGGAGAUCAUUGUUUUCACUUUCUUUGUGAGCUAGUUUCCACUUUCAACUAGGAGUUGUUUCAAACAGCUA